AUGUCAGAUUCAAUUCACCGGAGAACAACCACGCUCACGAACAGAACCCGAGGCCGGAGCACUAAAACCAAACGUCCGGCGAAGCACCAAGCCUCCCGUCGCAUCCCAACUAAGAUUCGUUCAAAGUCUAAUAAAAUCCUCAAUCGAAGUUUCUCAGACCCAAAUCUCCACCGUAGCCUCGCUUGUGAAGAUGAUGAUGAUCGCCGUUAUUCUACGCCGCCGAUGAUAGAUCUACCGGCGGAAGAACCCGAGCAGAUCGUCUACUUGUCUAAACUCCGCCCGGAGGUUUGCGCUUCAGCUCCGUCGUUAUCUGGAUUCUCUUCGCCGUCCUCUUCUUCUUCUCCGAUUAACCAACAGGUUUAUAAGAGAGAAGCAGCGAAAGUUAUGAUCAGUGUAUCAGUGGAAGGAAGUCCAGGACCGGUAAGGACUUUGGUUAAACUGACUUGUAAUGUCGAAGAAACGAUCAAAAUGGUCGUUGAGAAGUAUGGUGAAGAAAGACGAACACCGAAACUCGAUAAAGAUCUUGUCUUUGAAUUGCAUCAGUCUCAUUUCAGCAUUCAGUGUUUGGAGAAAACCGAUGUAAUUGGUGAAAUAGGCAGCAGAAGUUUCUACAUGAGGAAGAGAGAACCGGAAAACCGAAUUCCGGUGAUUAGGAGUCUUCCGUCAUCGAAUUUGAUUGAAUCGUUCAUUGCACAGAAGAUUGGGAGAAUCGUGAGGAGGUCAAGGAAGAUAUGGAACAUCUUGUUGACAUGUUUGGCGGAUCUAGAGGCUGAUCACAUAAACCCUUACGAUUCAUCUACCAAAAUAAACCGGGUGAUUCUACCGGAAUUCGGUUUACAAGGACUUCUUUGUUUAUACUAUGUCUUAACCAAACAUUGGUUCAUGGCGGUUUUGUCUCUUCCCCUCCUCUUCUACAACAUUAGAUUAUAUAUGAACAAGGAACAUUUGGCAGACGUGACAGAGAUGCACAAUACAAAUAAAUGGGAGCAAAAGAAACGAAUUUACAAGAUUGCUCAUAUCGCUCUCUCCAUUUUUAUCACAUCCUAUUGGUUGAUCCACUCGGCAUUGGGAGACAUCUAA